AUGGAAUGUUUCGUGGAAUGUGAGAAAACUCAAUUUUGAAUCUACUACACACGUUGUUAUUUGAACACUCACAGAAAACUAUUAUCUUCCCCCUGCCCUCUACAAAGCAUCUCCAGGGCACAUAUUAUUGUGAGGCCUCGAUUUUCAUCCUUGCAACCAGUGUUCAGAGCUUACAGAGCUUAUCGUGUUUAUUAUAUAACAAUAAGACAUAAGCCAAAACAACUUGCUGCUGUUUUAAACAUAGCAACAGCAGAAAUCUUUUCUGGGCUUGAGGAAGAGCCACUUCAAAUGUCUACUAAUUUCAGCAAUUUUCUGGUCUAUGGAAUGAAAAGUCUAAAACUGGCUGAAAGUAUUUAAGUACACUCACAGAAAGCCCUCCGCUCCACCAUCGGACACCAUGACGCAAGGGGGCAGGUGGGGAGGAAAGUGGCACACUCCCUAGUUGUUGGGAUUCACAAGCUGCCUUUCAACGGAGUAUUGCCUGGGUGGCGAAUGCUCUUGGAGGAGGAAAGAGAAAGGCAUGAAACGGAGAUCCUUCAAAGUUGCCACCAAGGUAAUGUCACUCAGUGGCACAGGGCUUGUUCCUCCCUUUCCUUCUCUUUUCUAAUAGGAGGACCAUUAGCAAUUGUAUUCAAAUGA